CUUCCGCCAUCUUUGCUUUUUCCCUUGCUCCCUGCACUCUUGGGCUGGAAUAGGAACGAUGAACUAUUCAUCACCUACGUGUCCGUGAAGCUCGCUAUCAGUACUCGUGGCACAUGUUUGACGGACUCAUAUGAUCCUGUUUGUGGUUGCAACUUGAGAGGAUUGCUAUAGGAAGUGCUGCCCUAAGCUUGAUCGGGCCUUACAUCGGCCUCCUUCUUCAAGAGGAGAUCCUCUAUAAACCUGAACACGCCGUACCCUUCACCGUACACUCCUCUCAAGUUCGUCAUGUCAUGGAGGCAAAAGAUCUCCAGCCGUUGGGCCAAAACGAGCCAAUCGUCGAGCCCGACGAGAGUGAGAAUGCGCAGAAGCAACCAUGGACCAAGCCUCCUCCGGACCCCGAGUCCAACUCCCAGUCACAUUCAGACUCGGACCAAGCAUCCAUCAACUCCUACGAAACACACCAGCUCGACAUCUACGAAGAGAAUAACCGUCGCUACCCCAACGAUUCAUACCACAUGCCCAACGACGAAGCCGAACGAACCCGUCUGAACAUUGUCCACCAGAUCUACCUCAUCCUCCUGAAUGGCCAUCUAACCGCCGCCCCCAUUGUCACCAAUGCCCCUCGCAUCCUCGACAUCGGCACUGGUCCUGGUGACUGGGCCAUCGAAAUGAGCCACGCCUACCCCCACGGCACCAUCAUCGCCUCUGACAUCGGCGUCUUUGACAACGCCCUUGGCCACGUCGACCUUCCCAACCUCUCCUUCUACCUCGACGACGCCCGCGACGAAUGGGCUUACAACAUCCCCUUCGACCUCAUCCACCUCCGCGGCCUCUCCGGCGCCUUCCCCGACUGGUCCUUCAUCUACCAGCAAGCCUUCGAGCACCUCGCUCCCGGGGGUUACCUCGAAGUCGCAGAUACCGACUUCGCCGCUGAGACCAUGACCACCAUCCCGCAGAACUCCUACCUCCGUCUCUUUGCCUCCGCGCUCCGCUCCGCAGACUACUCGGCAGGUUACCUGCGUGAUCUGAGCCAUCUUCAGCCUGCACUCUUCCGUGCCCAAGGGUUCAUCGACAUCGACGUCCGCGAGUAUACAUUCCCCAUCGGUCUGUGGCCCGAGUCGCCGCAUGACCGGACCGUCGGCAAAAUGGGCCUCAUUGCCUUACUAGAGGGCUUGGAAUCGUAUAGCUUGCGUGCCCUGACCACUACGUAUGGCUGGCUAGCGGAGGAAGUGCGCGAACUAUGUGACCAGGUGCGUGCAGAGAUCCUGGAAGGUGUGUAUCGAAUUAGUGCGAGGGUGAAGAUCGUGACGGGUCGGAAGCCGUUGACGUGAACAGAUAUGGGGAUAUUCCUUUUCCUCCCUUCUUCUACUAUCUCUCCUUACUAUUCUGCUGAUGACCUUAUGAUUAUGAUUACUUUAUUACUCAUACCAUACCGUGGAUCGGAUGGACUUCGAUUAGGCUUCUUCCUUGUGAAGAUGUGAACUCCAAUGGAGACAGUUCAGACUUUUUUGUAUCUAUUCUCUCGCAGACCA